AUGGUCAAGCAAAACUAUUCAAAGGCAUCGUGUUCUAACGGCCGGAAGACGGUGAAUUAUCAUGAAAAGCGUGAUCGAGAAAGCGGUGUCGAUGGAAUUAAAGACCAAGGGCAAGUUUCUAUUCAAAAACGUGUAACACCCACUUGGUCUGUCCGUUGGUUUAUUAAAGACUUCCAGAGUUUAGUUGAUCUCUAUCCCAGAGGAAGAUUUUUGAUGAGUGAUAACUUUGUGUUGGAGGAUGAAAUCACGAAAGGGGCAGGAUACGAUUGUAGAAUCAGGUUGUUCCCAAAUGGAAACUGGAAUUAUCUAAAACCGGGAUUUGUUUCAAUAUACCUUCAAGCGUCACCGAG